AUGAGUCGGACCACCUUCUUCGAGGUGGAGGUCCUGGAUUCCAACACAAGGGAGCAGCUUUGCUUUUUAGAUAAGGUGGAGCCUCACUCGACAGUCGGAGACAUAAAGAGUCUUUUUUACAAAUCAUAUCCUCACUGGUAUCCAGCGAGACAGGCACUGAGACUUGAUCCAAAGGGAAAAUCCCUGAGAGAUGAUGAAAUCUUGCAGAAUCUACCCGUUGGGACCACCGCCACCAUGUACUUCAAAGACCUCGGUCCUCAGUUAGGCUGGACCACGGUGUUCUUUGCAGAGUACAUCGGGAGCCUUCUCGUUUACCUCCUCUUCUACUUCCGAGUGCCGUGCAUUUACUCUCACAGAGAUGCCUUUACCUCCAGCCCCCACCCCGUCGUCACACUGGCCUGCGUGUGUCACACCUUCCACUACAUGAAGAGGUUGAUAGAGACUAUUUUUGUGCACCGUUUCUCUCAUGGGACGAUGCCUCUCAGGACAAUAGUCAAGAAUUGUGCCUAUUACUGGGGUUUCUCAGCGUGGUUAGCGUACUACAUCAACCACCCUCUUUAUACUCCUCCAUCUUAUGGAGAUCUCCAAAUCAGCUAUGCACUGCUCAUAUUUGCGAUGUGUGAAAUGGGCAAUUUCUCCAUCAACUUGAGCCUCAGUAACCUCAGAGGAGACGGUUCCAGACGCAGGAGGUUCCCGGUGCCGAGUAAGAACCCCUUCACCUGGCUGUUUUUCUUUGUUUCCUGUCCAAAUUACACUUAUGAGGUUGGAACCUGGGUGAGCUUUUCAGUCAUGACCCAGUGUCUGCCAGUGGCCGUGUACACCUUCAUGGGGUUCGUUCAGAUGACCAUCUGGGCCAGAGGGAAGCACAGGGCCUACACCAGGGAGUUCAGGGACUACCCCGGCCUCCGCGUGGCCAUCAUCCCCCUGGUUCUCUGA